AUGGUGCAGAAAGGCGUCUUGGCUUUGGCCGCCCUAGUGGCUGGCUCAUCGGCACAAUUUGCACAGUAUUCUACCAGUAACUACGCGGUAGCGGUCAAUGUGCCGUCAGACACAGCUUCCUCCGGCAGCGGCUCAAUAUUUCUGCAAAUCAGUGCCCCCAGCGGCACCCAAUGGGUCGCAUUUGGUCAGGGCACUGGCAUGUCAGGGGCCAACAUGCUCGUUGUAUAUGCCGCCGACAGCAACAACGUGACUGUAUCCCCCAGAUUGGGCACCGGCCAUGUUCAACCACGGUUCAACUCUGACGCCCAGGUCUCACUCCUAGAAGGAAGCGGUAUCGCCUCGGACGGCUCGCUUGUCGCCAACAUUCGCUGCGACAGCUGCCUAAGCUGGAGUGGUGGCAGCAUGAGCCCAACGGAUUCUUCGAGUAACUGGAUCUUUGCCCACAAAUCAGGAGAUCCUCUUGACUCAACAGACACAUCUGCCAACAUCAACCAGCAUGACAGUGACGGUGGAUUCACCCUGGACUUGACUCAGGGGACUGGUGGAAGUUCAUCAAACCCGUUCGUGGCAGCAUCCAACGACGACUCUUCCUCGGCAGCCCCGUCGGCGACCCAAUCUGGUUCCCAGUCCGCAACUGGAGGACCUGCCACCACAACCGAGACAGGGACGGCUACUGCAAGCACCGUGGUUACCCCUACCGGUGGCGUGUCCAACCCUAUCGUGAGCUCCAACCCGUCCUCGUCGAGCGGUACAGAGGUAAGCAGCGGAUCAGACGACAACAUCCGAACUGCUCAUGCCGUCAUCAUGCCUCUGGUCUUUGUGGUCAUGUUCCCCUUGGCGGCAUUGACGCUCUACCUCCCCUACACGAACAAAGUCCGACAUAUCCACGCUCCGUUGCAAGUUCUGAGCUUGGUCUUGAUGAUUGUCGGCCUGGGCCUGGGUGUUGAACUCGGCAAACAAGUCGACAACCUGGAUGGCUACCACAUGGUCAUUGGCUACAUCCUCGUUGCGUGGAUGGGGGUCUUCCAGCCUGCCCUUGGUCUGCUCCAGCAUAUGCAUUUCCGAAAGUACGGCACCAGGAGCGCUUCCGGACACACCCAUCGUUGGCUCGGCCGUGCCAUGAUCCUGCUAGGUGUCGUCAACGGCGGCUUGGGAUUCAAGACUGCGGGAAUAAUUGGCAGCCAAAACGUCCCGACCUACUCCGUUGCAGUCUACAGCGUCUUCUCUGGCCUUAUCUUUAUCGUCUACGUCGUCGUGCUCUGUCUCCCGAAUUACAACCAGACCGCCGGGUCGACACAAACCCUGCCAGGUGAAAAGCCCCGACCAAGAAUUGAAGGCUACGAGAUGCAUCGCCGCUCUGACGAUGACCGACCACUGCGCGGGUGA